CCAAUCGAAUGCCGAGAGCCGGGUGGAAGGUUUUAUAGUGACUGACAAGUCCGUCGGCCAAUGGCAGUGGCAGGGCGGCGGGCUGUAGGAAGUGGCUGCAGCAGGCAGGCUGCAUUGGUGUCUUCUCAGUGGCUGCGGGCGGCGGUGUUUCCCUUGUUGACAGGUGAGCACUGUGCGCCGUGACCGAGAACUGAAAGUGAUAGUAAUUUCUCUGCUUAAAGACACUGAUCAUGGCAUCCGAGGCUAAGCAGGAGACACGCUUGUGUGGAAACUGUAAACAUGACGUUCCUGUGAUUAAUUUCACUAUACACGAGAUUCACUGUAGACGCAAUAUCAGUAUGUGUAAAGUAUGCAAGGAGCCGUUUCCCACCAGCGAUAUGGAGGAGCACAUGACUAGAGAACAUACGCCGGUGACUUGUAAAUGUAAAAUGACCAUGGAGAAGUAUGAGUUGGAAGAGCAUGAGCGAUCUGCUUGUCCUCUCCGCCUGCUUAAGUGCCAGUUUUGUGAGCUAGAACUUGCAGUCAAUAAACUGGAAGACCAUGAAGAAUACUGUGGAGCUCGGACUGAGCGCUGUGAUAACUGUGGGUGCAGUGUGAUGACCAAGGACCUUCAGGAUCACCCUGUUCAUUGUGGCAAAGUAACGGCACCAAAGAAACCUGCACGAGUACAUAGUUGGACAGAGACAGAUUAUGAGGGUUCAUGGUUUGAACCCUUUAGUAGCAGAUCCACUUUUACAGACAACAUGUACUCACAGAUGCCUAAGCAUUUGCCUAGUAGAUUUUAUGGGAAUUCCAUAUUAACCCAGUCCCUAAAGGCAUUUGAUGAUGAAGUAGCCCAAAACACGAGAAGAGCACAAAACAGAGUUAGAGAACAAACCAAUGUGCCCAGAGAUAUCCCAGUACACACAUGGCAACAGUUACCUGAAGAAAGACCUAACGCACAACGCGAUUAUGACACUUUCCAAUCUCUGAGUAAUCGGGACGCUACACUCUUCAACCCCGGCCCUGAUCCUCCUUAUACUGGAAGAGGAAAAGAUUUCUGGGUGAACUUUUAUUCUAAAGACAGUGUAAAGAAAAUGACUUCCCACGAGCAGAGCAGUCCUAACUACUUUUAUGAAGAUGACCCACUGCCAAUAGAUGUACCCAGCCCUCCUACCACUGAUGACAUCCAGCUGCCCUGUGAGUUCUGUGAAGAGCUCUUCCCUGAACAGGAUCUUAUUUUGCAUCAGUCUGGUUGCAAGCCUAGUGCAUCAUUCUUCAACAGAAGACCUUCUCCUAGUCCACUAGAGGACUUGAUACAGAAUCCCAGAUCAUCCCCACCAGCUGUUGACUAUUCACACAGUAUCCUGAUUCCCUGUGAGUUUUGUGGUGUACUGAUGGAGGGAGAGAUUCUGUUUCAUCACCAGGAUCAAUGUGACAUGGGUCCAAAUGCUGGAAAAAGCUCUCCCCACUUAACAUCAUUGCUUACAGACGAUUCACAAGUUGAAGAGUACAGAACUCCUGACAUUCCUUCAGCAUCCCAGUCACACCAGGGACAUAGAGCAGACAAUACUACUGCCAGCUGUAACCGAUACCAGAUCAGGGAGAAUGCGAGUAACCCUUUGCACCCUGCAAAAGCCAAUGAUGCACUGGGAGGUCUGUAUCGCCAGACCGAGAUGAACAACUCCCUCCUGCGUUACUCCAAUCUGGAUGAGAUGAGAAAAAGGAACAUACAAGAGAAUUCCCGUGUACUCUCAAGCCAUCACAAUGAUCUCCAUAGGCCUGCUCUCUCUUCUGCAGCAUCAAAUAGGCAUGCUGGCACCAGAGACAAGCCGAAAAAGAAGAUAAACGCGGGAGCAGGAGCAGAAGAUGUUGAUAAAGAAGAAUGAUAUUUUUAUGUCCUUUUCAGAAUAAUGUUAUGGUCAUUUAUUUUCUGUAUGAUGCUCCUGUACUACACUUUUUUUUAUUCCACUUCUGUGAUAUCUAUGUAUAUAUAUAUUGCUCUAUCAUAUCCGCUUUUCUAUAGCCACAUUAUUACUAAUAAUGCUUUUAUAUGCAUUUUGUUUUGUAAUAAUCCUAUUAUGAAGACAGGACCCACAGGUACUGUAAUGUAGUCAUGCCUCUACUAUUUUCUUAUUGUAUAUGAAAUAUAGAAGCAGUAGUAGAUAUGAGAAGGUAUAGGUUUUGUGUGGCCUUUUUUUGUUUUGUUUCUUUGAGGUGGAAAAGCAGGAUGUCUUUUAGGUCCAAAAGGAAAAAGGAAAAAAAAAAAUUGCAAGCACUAAAACGUAAACCAGGAACACUAUUGCUACUAACUUGCUUAAAAAUAUUUUCUACAAUAAUAUCCGUAUCUAAUUUUGAAUGUCUUUGCUAAGCCCCUUUAUAUAUUUACAUAAAAAAAUCUAUUUUUAAAUCAAUAUUUACUCAUGUAACAAGAAAAAUAAGGCUGAUUUAGCAUAUGCAUAAUGUAGCUCAAUGUCAGAACAUCCACGUUAUUACUGGUUGGAGUACAGACCACUGGUGAAAGUAAUAGCUUUCCUCUGAGUAUGUUGUGUCUAUUAUGUGUGUUUAAUUGAAAACCAAAAGUUCCUAAGCAGUGUUUUCAAAAGACAUUUGGUGCAACAUUAAAAUUUUGUGGUGCUCCACCUGAGGGGCGGUUAGAAACAAACUUGUUAGUUAUUUUUCAGGGGUGGUCUUCAGUAUGCCGACUGACGGGAUCCCGGCGCACAGUAUACCGGCGCCGGGAUCACGACAGCCGGCAUACCGACACUUAUUCUCCCUCGUGGGGGUCCACGACCCCCCUGGAGGGAGAAUAAAAUAGCACCGUACCCGUAGCGUGGCGAGCGCAGCGAGCCCGCAAGGGGCUCAAUUGCGCUCGCCACACUGUCGGUAAGCCGGCGGUCGGGCUCCGGCAUAUCGUAGUGAACCCAUUUUUCAGAGUAAUAUAUAAGAUUUAUUUGUAUGUAUUUUGUUCCUUCCACUAAUUGCACAUGCUAUCACAUUGUUACUGAUACACCUAUUUAAGCAAAUGCAGCCAUGUGGACUGACUUCAGCUUAUGGUUUGUUGCAGACAACAGAAUAUCAAAUGGCUGCUGGCUGUCUGUAUAAAACAAAUGGGCUACUACUAAAUGCUGGGGAUUGCUUUUAGACACUUACAAAUUAUAAUGCUAAUUGUUAAUGCUGUAGAUUAUUUUAAUCAGUGAUUCCUUUAAAAAAAAAAUAUAUAUAUAUAUUAAUGUCAAAUAAGCUUUCACAUGAAUUACUCAGAAAAGCAGCCUGCUAUUUGGAAUAUAAAGAGUACUGGUUGAUUUAUAGGCAUGGGAAUAUGAUUUAAUUUAUGAUCUCACCACAUACACACAAUGGAAGCAAACAUUUUGUAACCUGAACAAUAUCCACACUAAAGCACCGCAUUCAUUGGCUGGAAACCAUUGAUUGACCUCACAAAGUGCCUCAGUCUUCCAGACUGUCUGGACUGCAUGUAAAUGACAGGUACAUUAUUUGUUAAAUCCCAGAAUUGACUUCCUUAUCUUGGAGUGUAAAUAGUGUGUUUUGCAUUUUGAUUUAAAUGUAUUUUAUACAACAUUAAAUAAACAAUUUGUUUGGCUGGUU